UUCACUAUUAGUUCCCAGUUUUAUCACAACUAGAGUCAAACUCAAGUUUACAGCAAAGGGGUACGACCAAGUCUUUUAUUAAAUUUCAUAUUCAAAUCCGUUUUAUUUUAUAUUUAUCGUAUAUAAAUGGUUUCACAUUAAUUUUGACUUUUAUUCGUUAUUUAAUGACAUCCCAUUGUCAUCAGAGAAAUUGCGUUCGAUCGAAUUAAUUUAAAAGUAAUACAGUAUCAUACGCAGUCUCGUAGCCGUUGAUUUGUGUAUCUGUUCUCCUUCGAUUGCGCGGCGAAUCAACCGCUUAUUGUUUCGUAGUUUUGCGUGCGUGGAAAUCGGCCUUCACGUUUUACUCGAACGAAUUGUUUCAAAGUACCAUCAUUUAUUAAGUAUCACCAUGAAUUGACGUCUGAUCAGACUACACGAGGCGCACGUGUUUUUGAAGACUAAUUUCUUCGUGUACAGAAUUCCUCCAAUCUAAUCGUAUUACCGUGGAAAACGCGUUUAUGUUCUGAUGAAAUAAAAUAAAAUCGACCAAAAAGUCAUUGAAGCAAUUUCCCAGAGCGCGAUUAAACGAAUCCUCAUAUUAACAAUGUAUCAAAAACUAAAACUGGAGGUCGAGUAUCUCACGGAGCAGCAUCUUACCGGCUUCGAAAAUUAUAAAUAUAAUUCUGUGGAUACAAGUCCUCUGAGCGUGUAUGUUAUGCACCCUUUUUGGAACAAAGUUGUUCAGUACUGUCCAAAAUGGGUUGCUCCAAAUGUACUAACUUUUUCUGGAUUUCUUUUCACUGUUUUAAAUUUUACUCUAUUUGCGAGUUAUGAUUAUUAUUUUUAUGCAUCAAGCAAUGAUAAACCUCAAUAUCCUCCUAUCCCAAGGUGGAUUUUUGCCUUAGGUGCAUUUAAUGUGUUUAUGGCAUAUACACUUGACGGUAUAGAUGGAAAACAAGCACGGCGUACACAGACUUCUGGUCCCUUAGGAGAAUUAUUCGAUCAUGGGUUAGAUAGUUGGACUACUAUGCUCAUCACUGUUUGUAUGUUUUCUGUGUUUGGCAGGACAGAUCACAGUGUGUCUCCAUUGAGAAUGUAUUUUAUUCUGUGGAAUGUGUUUAUUAAUUUCUAUCUAACUCAUUGGGAAAAGUAUAAUACAGGAGUAUUAUUUCUUCCCUGGGGAUAUGAUCUAUCUAUGGUAGGUACUAUUGUCGUCUUUAUUAUAACAAGUAUAGGAGGACAUAGAGCUUGGAAAUUUAUACUACCAGGUGGUAUACCAGUUGGAGUGAUGUUCGAAUUGUUGCUUUAUGUUACUGCAAUUGUAUCUAGUUUACCUGUAGUUCUCUGGAAUAUAUACAAGUCAUACAGGGACAAGACUGGUAAAAUGCGAACAUUCCUAGACGCUAUAAGACCUUUAAUACCUUUGGCAGUAUUCUUUGCAAUUUCAACAAUUUGGGUUGUUCAUUCCCCGACUAAUAUUAUAGAGAAAGAUCCCCGAGUCGUUUUCUUCAUUAUAGGAACCAUUUUUUCAAAUAUAUGUUGCCGUUUGAUUGUUUCACAAAUGAGCAACACUAGAUGCGAGCUGCUGUCAUGGAUAUUGUUACCUGUAGCGAUCGCAGCAGCUUUCUCAUUUAUCUUGCCUAACACUGAUCUGGAAGCCACGUACAUUGUUGCCAUUGUAGCUUUAUUAGCACAUAUACAUUAUGGAACUUGCGUGGUACGUCAGAUGUGUCGUCACUUCCGUAUCCAUACAUUCCGUAUCAAAGAUCGUACUGAUUGACUACUUGCCGACGAUACAUGUUAAAAACGAAGAACAAGUUAGAGCAAAGUAUUGAAUACAGGGCAGACAAACGUAAGGCAAACGAUAUAAUGUAAACGAACUUCAUCAAAUUUCAAAUGUCACGACUGAAAUGGUGCCUAAACAACCAUUUCUUCAAAACAAGUAUCAAAAAUACUGGCUAUGACUUUUGAACAAUACAUUUAAACGUGUCACGACCGCUGAUCACAAUGCUGACAAACAGUACCUGUUAAGUAAUCUUAUUUUUUGUUUGCAGAGGUAAAGUCCUUUAAAUUUCAUACUGCUGUGAUAUAGUUACGGAAUCAUUCGCUAGUUUGUUUCGUACGAUCCUUUGCUCAUGUCUAUGAAUUUAGAGACUUACCGUCCCUUUACGUUGUCUUUUUGUGUUCUGUGCUUAAUUCCACGUGUAUAUUUUUUUUUAAGACGCAUAACAUCUUAUUAUUCGUGGAUUUCGUUUUUAAUAUGUAUUGUCUGUGCAGUAAAAAGUUGCGUUUGCUCAGUUUUAUUAUGUGACAAAUAAUUUGUUUCCUUUAUAGAUUUUUCUUUGUGAAGCAUCUUUCAAAGGAAAAAUAAUUUUACAUUGCAUAAAAAUUCUGAGUAAGCUAAAGCAAUAAGUGAAAGGUUAAAGGAGACAAAACGUAACGUCAGUGAACAUUUGUAAUAGGAAUUUGUAAUUUUGUGUGAGAAUGCAUGUGUGUGUUACUGUAUUCAUACAUUAAUUGAUAUCGUUAAACUGAAAAUUUUUGCAAUUAAUAUACAAAACCUUUCAUUGUCAUAACGAACAAUGAAAAAGAAUAAUACUAAAAAGUCAAUUCCUAAAUCCAGAAAGAACAGUGGACUUUGUAUUUUUGUCACCAGACGAGUGGCGCAAAAAUUAUUUAACAAAAGACAUCGAUGAAUAUUUCAUACUUUUUCUUUUUUUGAAAGUAAUUUAAAUU